UUUAGACUCUUAGGCAACGGUCGUGCCCUCUUGGCUGUUUUCCCCGAUAAAAAUUGUUCAAACAAGAGAACAAGACAGAGUUUUCUUUUCAUUAUACGAAUUUAAUUGAUACAAAAAUAAGAUUCACAAAGAAUAUGCCUAUUUAUAGAUAGUGGCAAUCUAAAGAUUCAGAACCAUAAUAAAUAGUUAUCGUCUUUAGGGUUGUUUGUUAUUCAUAACCCUAAAAGACUACGGAGAAACAAUGGCUAGUUGCUGCAGUUAUAGGAUAUUCAAUUGCCAUGCACAAGAUUCAGUUCCCAACAAGUUAGUUCAUUUCAAUAAGAGAUCGAAUUCAUCUCUGAUCAUCAAGCCAAAUGUGGAGCUCCCGGAAAUUCCCAAUCUAGUACAAGCAGCUUCCAAUGUGAUCAAACAAGCUUCAAUCAAGUUACUAGAUGCAUUCUUUGAGUCCACAUUUCAAUUUGUUGAUCAGCCUUUGCUUCCAUCGGAGAGUAAUUUUGCUCCGGUUGAAGAGAUAGGUAAAAGAGUUGAGGUGGAUAUUGUUGAAGGAGAGAUUCCAAAUGAUUUUCCUCAGGGAGUAUAUGUCAGAAAUGGUUCGAACCCUAUGUUUGGAGCCAAAAAGGCAGCUAAGUCGGUGUUCGGAACAUCAUCUGAAAUAUGGGUGGAAGGUGAGGCAAUGCUGCAUGCUUUGUACUUGUCCAAAGACAACAAUGGCAAAUGGACAGUAAGCUACAACAAUAGAUAUGUCCAAACAGACACUUAUAAGCUAGAGAGGAAAAGAAACAAACCGGCAUUCCUUCCUGCGGCCGAAGGCGAUUCACUCGCAGUUAUCUCUGCUCUUGUUCUAAAUUCGUUGAGAUUUGGGGUGCCAGACAAACUUCUGAGUAAUACCAAUGUGUUUGAGCAUUCGGGAAAGUGUUACACCAUAUCGGAGAACCAUAUGCCACAUGAAAUCGACAUUUCUACACUCAACACUGUCGGGGAUUGGAAGCUUAAUGCUGUUUGGAAUAGGCCUUUCACUAGCCACCCUAAGAAAGCUCCUGACACCGGAGAGCUUGUUAUAAUGGGGUUUAAUGCACAGAAACCAUACUUCGAAGUUGGCAUUUUAUCCGCUGAUGGACAGAAAUUCCUCCAUAGAGUGGACCUCAAAUACAAUAGAUGUACAUUUUGUCAUGAGAUUGGUGUUACCCAAAAGUACAAUGUGAUUUUGGAUCUUCCUCUAACUAUAGACAUCAAUAGACUCGUCAAGGGAGGCUCAUUGAUUAGGUUUGAGAAAGAUCAAUUUGCUAGGAUUGGAGUGAUGCCCCGUUAUGGCGAUGCUGAUUCAGUUAGAUGGUUUGGUGUAGAAACAUGCUUUGUAUUUCACAUGUUCAACUGUUUCGAAGAAGAAGAUGAGGUUGUAGUUAGAGGAUGUCGAGCCCGUGGAUCGAUCAUACCAGGACCCGACUUAGGGUUGAAUAAGUUGGAGUGGUUUUCUCGAGGAUUCAAACAUGUGAACUCUGUUGAAAAGAAUGAAGAAGAAAACUUUCAAGAUGGAGCUCUAUUUAGUCGUGUUCAUGAAUGGAGAUUAAACAUGCAGACUGGAGAGGUUAAGGAAAUGAAUCUUACUGGGGACGAGUUCUCCAUGGAUUUCCCAAUGAUUAAUGAAUCUUACGUUGGCAUCAAGAAUAAAUAUGGUUAUGCACAAAUUGUUGAUUCAUUCGCAAGCUCUGAUGCAGGUGCAGUGAAAUAUGGUGGGCUCGCGAAGCUCUAUUUUGAUGAAUACCAACCCCAAUUUUGCUCGGAUGACGAAAAAGCGCACGAUCAAAAAAAGGUGAAUGUUGAGUAUCACAUGUUGCCCAAGAACACAUAUUGCUCAGGAGCUGUAUUUGUGCCUAAAUCUGGAGGUCUCGAAGAAGAUGAUGGCUGGAUAAUAUCAUUCAUCCAUAAUGAAGAUGAUCACAAAUCUGAGGCCUACGUGGUGGAUGCAAAGAAGUUCACAAGGCAGCCAGUAGCCAGGAUUGCAUUACCAAGUAGAGUGCCUUAUGGGUUCCAUGGAAUGUUUGUGCCCAUGGACUUGCAGAAUUGAAGUUGUUAGUAAACUUGUACUCUCCUUAAAAUUAUUGACUAAUUUGGAUAUUUACUUUUAUUAGUACAAUUUAUACUAUAAAAAUAAAAAUUUAAAUUAGACAAUAAUGGGAAUCAUCCGGCGGGAGAAAGUUCCAAAAUCAAGGAGUGUAUUGUAGCGGUUAGACCAAUAGUUUGGGAAAACAAGUGGAGUAGAAAAAUCUAAAAUUAAUCUUUGAC